AUGGCUUCCAUGUCGUCCAAGUGCAUUUCCACUGGUGCUAUCAUUGAUUGCAGCCAUCCGAGCAAGCGCUCGGCUUGUCAAAACAUCCAUCGGGAGACCGAUGCCGCGAAUGGCAUUGCGUUGCCGUUCAUCAUGUUUCGUCAGCUCCCAGCCAAGCCGGCUGAGGCUGUUGUCAAUGUCCAAUCUGUCUUCGCUUCCACCGCUCCUCCCCCGUCCUCCGAGCCGACCAAGUUCGUUCCAAGCCCUGAGGCCCUCGAGUUUCUUUCCGCCUUAUUCUUCAGGUCCUACGUUGCACCACAAUUCAAGGUUCCAUUUGGUGUCUACGACCCAGUUGAUGCACCCUGUUCUACCUAUAUCGAGCCCGAGGAGCAACUGUCUCUCCUCGCUCGCAAGCUACAAAGCUUUGACAUUACCGCGGUCCAGAUUGAGUGGACUGCCAUCCAAGCCGAGAAUCCAAAUCUUGGCGCCGCGUCAUCCAAGAAGAAGCCCGACAGCUUUGAUAAGCUGUCUGCUCAGCUGACAAAGGGCAGUCUCGAGUCCCUCAGAAAGGAACUGGCAAAGCCCAACGAAGCACUUACAACUCGAGUGACGAAAAGAGUGGUCUCUAAGCGCUCUCGUCCCCUAGUCCAGCUUUCACCUCUUAACAUUUCUUCAUUGACUCCAAUUCAUGAUGAUAGUGCUACAACAUCUCACGCGUCAGAUUCAUCCAGUGUGUUUAGUGAUUCUGACAAUGAAGACUCUCGCUCUGGAACUACAUACUGCUCCUCCGAUAAACAGCUUCCCAAACAUUCAUCCCUCGAAUCUCAGUCUGUUGAUGUAUCUUCUAUAGCGGACACAAAUGUUCGUGAUCCUAGGUGCAAGAAUGAAAUUGUGAAAGCUCAUGAAGAUAAUGACUCCCUAAAAGAAGAUCCGUGUGGACAUCUUAUGUGUGAUGAUACCUCUACUUGGAAGGCCUCUCUCGGGGAGGCUCUUCUGGCUCAAGAUAUUAAACUUGAUCUGAAUGUCAUACCGGAAAGGAAUGACAAUAGUAUCUCUUCCAACCCCGUGAUUGACGAGGUUGUUCAAUGUGCUCCACUCGACUACGACGUGAUUGCCGUAUUUAACACCCCUGGCCUACAUAAUAACGGCGUGACUAAGGUGACAGAUAAUAAUUUGAUGGAGAAUGAAGAAACGCCAGAGACAACGGUACCAUACAGCGAGUUCUUAUCAGAGGGAGAAUUAUCGUUAUCAGCAGAUAUUACGCAGGACGACGUCAUGAUUAAUGAAGAGAGGUUGAUUCUUUCUCCGCCUCAGAUGGCUCUUGAUCGUCUCCCACAGUCUGAAGCCACGGAUAUUAGUCUCCCGAAAGCAUGUAAAAUCGUUCACGGUGAAACUUAUCUGGUUGGGACAAUCUUGAAAUCAGCAAACGACCAUUCCUAUCCAGAGCUUGAAUUUGCCCAAACUACUCCUAUCUUCGUUCUUGGCGAGCCGUCUGCUCCUAUUUGUAAACUGUUUCCUGACUCCAUUCCUGUCAGAUGUGAGCCUCCCACGCCGGCGGUUGACACUGCGUCGGAAUACGAGGGCCCUGAUAGAUGUAACGGUGUAGAAGGCCUUGAGGGGUAUGUCUGUGCGGGUGACAGUGACAGCAGCGAUCAGUCUUCGUUGCAUUCUCCUGUCACGGCUACUGGGCAUGAACCUGAUGCUCCAAAGGUGAUCGUAAUCUCUCUUGGAGAUGAGGAUACCUCCACAGAGGUACCACUCGUCAAUACUAGCUCGCAGUUGGGAGAUAUUGAUGCCGAAUUUGAAGCUCGGGGAUGGACACUUGGCGGUAGCUGGCAAGACGAUGAUGAGCUUGAGGAACCUGUUCCGUCUAGGUUACAGGUGGUCAAGCAAGCUGUUCCUCCCGCUUAUGGGAAAUCUCGGUUUGGAAAUCUUUGCAAGAACCUUAACAUGACUUGUGUUGGUGAUGGGUUCUAUCGUUGGAGUCCUGGUAACUAG